GCUCCAGGAAGGCGGUUUCGGACUGUUGGAAAGCGAACUCGGAGGUUCUGAGGCAGCUCCGUGGAGCGUCGGAGGCUCCGGGCCCGGGGCGCCAGGGCUCCAAGCCUCCGGCAGGCCCGGCCGCCAGCGCGGCUGCUCCGGAGGCUCCAGGGCUAGCGCCGGGCUUCGCCAUGGCGACGCCGGCCGGCCUGGAGCGCUGGGUGCAGGAGGAGCUGCACUCGGUGCUGGGGCUCAGCGAGCGGCAUGUGGCCCAGUUCCUGAUCGGAACCGCGCAGCGCUGCGCCUCGGCCGAGGAGUUCGUGCAGCGCCUGCGAGACACCGAGACGCUGGACCUGGGCGGGCCAGCCCGGGACUUCGCCCUGAGACUGUGGAGCAAGGUCCCGCGCAAGGCUGUGGUGGAAAAACCAGCUCGGGUGGCAGAGCGAGAGGCCCGAGCCCUCCUGGAGAAGAACCGAUCGUACAAGCUGCUGGAAGACAGUGAAGAGAGCAGCGAGGAGGCUGUGGGCAAGUCUGGGAGCAGCCUCCAGAAGAAGCGCAAGAAACGCAAACACCUUCGGAAGAAACGCCAGGAGGAGGAAGACGAGGAGGAGGAAGAAGAGGCUUCUGACAAAGACAAGAGGAAGGUGGAGGGGAGUAAGGCGCAGGCGGAGAAGCCCGAAUCCGAGGAUGAGUGGGAGCGGACAGAGCGUGAGCGCCUGCAGGACCUGGAGGAACGCGAUGCCUUUGCCGAGCGGGUACGGCAGCGGGACAAGGAUCGCACCCGCAACGUCCUGGAGCGGUCGGACAAGAAGGCUUAUGAGGAGGCUCAGAAACGCCUCAAGAUGGCGGAGGAAGAUCGGAAAGCCAUGGUGCCUGAGCUACGCAAGAAAUCCCGCCGAGAAUACCUGGCAAAGCGAGAACGGGAGAAGCUGGAAGACCUUGAAGCAGAGCUGGCAGAUGAGGAGUUCCUGUUCGGGGACGUGGAACUGAGCCGCCAUGAGCGGCGUGAACUCAGAUACAAGCGGCAAGUGCGGGACCUGGCCCGGGAGUAUCGGGCUGCUGGGGAGCAGGAGAGACUGGAGGCCACCAAUCGCUACCACAUGCCCCAGGAGACCCGAGGGCAGCCAGCCCGAGCAGUGGAUCUCGUUGAGGAGGAAUCGGGUGCCCCUGGCGAGGAGCAGCGGCGCUGGGAGGAGGCCCGCCUGGGGGCAGCAUCCCUCAAGUUUGGGGCCCGUGAUGCGGCCUCCCAAGAGCCCAAGUAUCAGCUGGUGCUAGAGGAGGAGGAGACCAUCGAGUUUGUCCGGGCCACUCAACUCCAGGGUGACAAGGAGCCGGCUACCCCGCCGCCUUCCACCCAGGCUCAGCAGAGGGAGUCCAUCCAGGCCGUGCGCUGCAGCCUCCCCGUGUUCCCGUUUCGCGAGGAGCUCCUGGCAGCCAUUGCUGACCAUCAGAUCCUCAUCAUUGAGGGCGAGACUGGCUCGGGGAAGACGACUCAGAUUCCGCAGUACCUGUAUGAGGAGGGCUACACGAAGAACGGCAUGAAGAUUGCCUGCACCCAGCCCCGGAGAGUGGCGGCCAUGAGCGUGGCUGCUCGGGUGGCCCGGGAGAUGGGUGUGAAGCUUGGGAAUGAGGUUGGCUAUAGCAUCCGCUUUGAAGAUUGUACGUCGGAGCGAACUGUCCUGCGCUACAUGACAGAUGGGAUGCUUCUCCGGGAAUUCCUCUCUGAACCAGAUCUGGCGAGUUACAGCGUAGUGAUGGUGGAUGAAGCUCACGAACGGACCCUGCACACAGACAUUCUCUUUGGGUUGAUCAAGGAUGUCGCUCGCUUCCGACCAGAGCUCAAGGUUCUCGUGGCUUCUGCCACACUGGACACAGCCCGAUUUUCUACCUUCUUUGAUGACGCCCCCAUCUUCCGGAUUCCUGGACGCAGGUUUCCUGUUGACAUCUUCUAUACCAAGGCUCCUGAGGCUGACUACCUGGAAGCCUGUGUUGUGUCAGUGCUGCAGAUCCACGUGACACAGCCCCCUGGGGAUAUCCUGGUAUUCCUGACAGGACAGGAGGAAAUUGAGGCUGCCUGUGAGAUGCUCCAGGAUCGCUGCCGCCGCCUGGGCUCCAAGAUCCGGGAGCUCCUGGUGCUGCCCAUUUAUGCCAACCUGCCCUCUGACAUGCAGGCUCGUAUCUUCCAGCCCACGCCCCCUGGGGCACGAAAGGUGGUUGUGGCAACAAACAUAGCCGAGACAUCGCUGACCAUUGAGGGCAUCAUUUAUGUGCUGGAUCCAGGGUUCUGUAAGCAAAAGAGCUACAAUCCCCGCACAGGCAUGGAGUCCCUCACUGUCACACCUUGUAGCAAGGCCUCAGCUAAUCAGCGAGCUGGCCGUGCAGGCCGUGUAGCUGCAGGGAAGUGCUUCCGGCUGUAUACCGCCUGGGCCUAUCAGCAUGAGCUUGAGGAAACCACAGUGCCCGAGAUCCAGAGGACCAGUUUGGGCAAUGUUGUGCUGCUACUCAAAAGCUUAGGGAUUCAUGACCUCAUGCACUUUGAUUUUCUGGAUCCGCCACCAUAUGAGACCCUGCUGCUGGCUCUGGAGCAGCUGUAUGCUCUAGGAGCCCUCAAUCACCUUGGGGAGCUCACCACGUCUGGUCGAAAGAUGGCAGAGCUGCCAGUGGACCCCAUGCUGUCCAAAAUGAUCUUGGCCUCUGAGAAGUACGGCUGUUCUGAGGAGAUCCUAACAGUGGCUGCCAUGCUCUCUGUUAACAACUCCAUCUUCUACCGACCCAAAGACAAGGUUGUCCAUGCUGACAAUGCCCGCGUCAACUUCUACCUCCCUGGUGGAGACCAUCUGGCUCUGCUAAACGUCUACACACAGUGGGCUGAGAGCGGCUACUCUUCCCAGUGGUGCUAUGAAAACUUUGUCCAGUUCAGAUCUAUGCGCCGAGCCAGGGAUGUGCGGGAACAGCUGGAAGGGCUCUUGGAACGUGUGGAAGUUGGUCUCAGUUCCUGCCAGGGAGACUAUGUCCGUGUUCGCAAGGCCAUCACCGCUGGUUACUUCUACCACACGGCACGGCUGACCCGUAGCGGCUACCGCACAGUGAAACAGCAGCAGACAGUGUUCAUCCACCCCAACUCCUCCCUCUUCGAGCAACAGCCACGUUGGCUGCUCUAUCAUGAACUGGUCUUGACCACCAAGGAGUUCAUGAGACAGGUUUUGGAGAUUGAGAGCAGCUGGCUUCUGGAAGUGGCUCCUCACUAUUAUAAAGCCAAGGAGCUAGAAGAUCCCCAUUCUAAAAAAAUGCCGAAAACAGUAGGCAAGACCCGAGAAGAAUUAGGGUAGAGAAGGGGACAUAAAUAGAACUUGACACCAGCUCCUUUUCCUUCUGUAUAUUAUUUAAUAUCUAUUAAAUAAAAUUAUUUUU